ACAAACAUGGCGACAUGCCAAAGCCCACACCGUUUCGUUAAUUAACCUGUGUCAUUUUUAUCGUGUUAACAUUCAGUAAUUAUUCAAUUACUUAAAAUCAUGAAUCUUGGACUUGGAAGUACUUUACUCCCAGGUGAUCCUCGGCUGAUCGAUCACAUCGUCGGGGAAGUCAAGUCUCAGGGAAUUUUUGAUCAAUUCAGGAAGGAGUGUAUCGCUGACGUUGACACAAAGCCAGCAUACCAGAACCUGCGAACUCGUGUGGAGAGUUCGGUGAACUCGUUCCUGUCGAAACAGCGUUGGCGUGCAGAUCUGAACAAGAAUCAGCUCCGGGAAACCCUACGAAAACACAUCUCCGAUGGUCCGUACCUGGACACAGGUGUGGAACGUAUCGUGGACCAAGUGGUGAACCCGAAGAUCUAUUCAGUCUUCAUGCCACAGGUGGAGGACGUGGUGUAUGAGUUCCUGGGGCUCGAGAAACCGAGACGUGAGAAAAACGGUGCAUGUGGUUUCAAGGACCUCUUGCCGAAGGAUUUGGAUCCAGUAUCACCAGAAUCAGAUAAAAACAGCCUGAAGGACAUCUCCCUGGACUCAGUGGACGCGAAUUUGUCGGCUCCUCUCGAGGACAAUGAUUCAACCGUGAAGAGAGAGUCCGAGGCCGAGGUCAAGAUGGAGACGAAGCUUGAGGAUUUUUCUCACCUGGAGAACGACAUCAGCAAUGGAAAAAUCGAGGAGGAUGCCGAGAGGUCAGUGGGGGAGCCGAUGGAUCUCGAGGGGAACACCCCACCACCUCCAGGUGUCAAGGACUCGGUGCAAUCAGAGGAGAGAGAGCAGGAUGAUGAGGACGAAGAAGAGGAGGAGGACAGUCCCGUUUUCGAGCCCAUCGACAUCAUGAAUCUCAAUGAGUCCAACAUCUCCAACGACUCUCAUCUCUCUGGCAUCUCCGAGCUCACCAGCCACAGAUCACGCAGUCUCGAUUUUUCAAAUGAACUCUCGCGUGAUCACUUUGAUUUCUCCAAUCAAGAUUCACAACUCAGCAAAGUCUCAUCUGAUUCUCGAUUAUCAAUUGUCACUGAUUUUGGAUCAUCCAAUCAGCCAACAACUCCACUAGCUGAUAUCCAGAAGGAUGAGAACAGCAAAGACAAGUUCUCGAAGGACAAUUUCAAGGCUAUCCGUGGGGAAGGGGAUGACUCCGGUGGACUGCAAAUGAGGGAUAAUAAAAUUGAUGGAAAUAAGCAGAAGGAGAGUUUAGUGGAGAUGAAGGAUGGAAGUGACACGAGGAGCUCGAGGACGAAUUUAUCGUCGAAGGAGUCGUCUCGAGAUGGUAUGGAGAGGAUUGAACACAGGAUCAAGGAGAAAAGGAGCUCUGAAAGGUCGAAGGUCUCGAAGGAGGGGUCUCAAUUCAGGGAGUCUAGGAGUCAUAGAAAUCGAGAGAAGGAUAAGAGGAAGUCUUCUCACAGUGAAGGCAAGGCUGAGGGUUAUGAAAAGUACAAGUCGAGAGACAAGUCUGAAAAUUCGAGGGACUCGAGUGAGAAGGUCAGGGAUACGAAAGAGAGUAAAGACACCCCCACGAAGUUGAAGGAGGAGAAACCGAAGGAGUCCCCCAGUAAAGAGGGAAAGGACCUGAAGGACAUCUACAAGGAGAAAAUCCGAGAGCUGAGGGAGAAGAAAGAGUUGACUGAGAAGGAGAAAUUGGGUAAAGAGGGUAGAGAGUCCUCUAAAGACACCAAGUCCUCCAAGGAAGGAAAGGACAAGAGAGAUCCCUCGAGGGAUAAGGAGAAGCGCAGGAACUCGUCGUCCAGGACUCGCAGUUCAAGACACGAGAGCAGAUCGUCAAAGUCAUCGAGAGAAGAUUCGAAAUCGACAAAAACUGAGAAAGAAAAAAAUAAACGAGAGGAGAGUCAUCGCUCUAAGGAUUCUAAAAGUAGGAGUCAAUCAGAAUCGAAUGAUAAGUCUGAUAAAUCUGAUAAAUCAGAUCCUAAAAAGUCAUCGAAAUCUGAAAAAGAGGAUAAGCCAGAGGUGAAACAGGACGUGAAAUCCAGCCAAAAGUCUUCGAAGAGGGACUCGAAAUCAGACUCGAGGAGUUCUGAUCGUUCAGAGAAACGUGACGAGUCCAAGGACAAAAGACGAAAGGAGGAGAAGAAAUCAAAAUCGAAGGACGAUCACUCCAGCCUGAGGAAAGGCUCCAACGAUCGCAGAUCUUCCGACCGAGAUGGCUCGAGUGGAUCCAGUGGCAGAGGCUCCCAGAAGAGUAGCUCAAGCCCCAGCACAUCAUCCUCGAAGCCCUCGUCCUCCUCCCUGGUGAAGGACUCCAGCACCACUAGCAACUCAAACAGUGAGACUUCAGAUGGCCUCGACGAUAAUCAAACAGAAGAGUCGAAGCCUGCAGAUCCGCAGGUGCCAGAAACCAGUGGAUCAAAAAUUGAUAGUCAAGAGGAAAAGGUAACUGAAGAACCUGAAGAGACAAAUACCAGACGAGUGGAUCCAGGUCAUAGCGAGAUAAGUCUCCCAUUGAAAAAACGCCCACUCCAGAGUGACGAUCUCACUUCACGUGCCAAUGAGGCCGCAAUAAAGAAGCCAAAAUUCGCCAGGAACUUCGCAGAGGCCAAGAAGAUGAUGAAGAUCAGGAAGAAAAUCGAGAGGGAGCAUUUAAAAGACCAAUCGCCAGUGGACGGUAGGUCAUCAGCGUCUGAGGUAUCUGAGGCUUCAGAAGCUGAAGAUAAGGUGUCGCCACUUCUGGCUGAUGAGGAGCGAGCGCAAAUUAUCGAAGUGAAAGCCGAGAAUGAGGACGUACCGUGCCCUGGAACGAAGUACAACCCGAACCUCGAGGAGGGCUCCAAAGUGAUCCUGGCAGCUGACGAGAUACUCAACACUGAAAUUGUCGCCAAAUUAAACACCAAGUCGACGUUAUCAGAGAUGGAAUUGUCGAUAAGGCAAUCUCUGACGGAGAUGAUCUCCGAUAGAACUCAUGAGGAGAGCACUGGGAAGAGUGUUGAGACUGUAGGCAGUCAUGAGGAGAAGCCCAGCACUUCAGGGGAAGAGCUUAAAAUUAAAAUUGAGGUGAAAGAAGAGAUUGAAUGGACCGAGGAGGAGGCAGGGACCUCAGCUCCUGAUGAAUUGGACGAGAAACGAGAAAAAGAACGAGAACAACCAGAAAAACCACCGAAGAAAGAGCACCUGGAGCCUCCAGAUUAUCUCGCAACCCCUGGAACUUCAUCAACAACUCAAGGGCUCUCAGACGACGAGGAGGACGUUCGUUAUUUCCUAGUGGACAACGAGAGAUUGAACAGAUUCACUCAAUUCAUGAACUCGAUUGGCCUCACUGAGGAAUCCCUCAGAACUCAUCCAGACAAACCUAUCCUCGUCCCCGAGUCCCAGGCGAUGGCUCCACCCCAGCCCAAACGAAAGUACUCCACCAGUCCCUUAUCAGACAUUCUCCUCAACAACUCCAAUAAUAAUAAUGACGGGCACAAGCUGGAGGCCACGAUUUAUGAGGAAGAGGGCCAACCAUCUGCGAAGAGAAAAAAAAUGGGAAGACCCAAAAAAAUGCGACCCAGUGGCAACUCCACGAGUCCACAAAUGAACGGCGAAAACUUUGUGCUACCGAUGAGUCCAGAGAGCGACGUAUCAGUCACCAGUGAUAAAAUUAUUGGAUCACUGAAGGACGAGCGUCGGCCACGAGGCAGCAGCCAACGGUACACCAGUGACGAUUUGUACAAGCCACGUCCACUAUUCGCAAGUUCCUCCAGAAGGAGCAGAAGAUCAAAUCCAUAGCUGCUGGUAAUCAACGGACUAUGGCGAUCACCUAUAGUCGUUUAAAUCCAUAAUCGAUAAUAAUGAGUUUAUAUUUUUUUACUGAUAAUUACCUUCAGUCCAUCGUUUGGUAUUCAAGCGGUUUUGUACAUAGGUAGAAGGAACAUUCGAAAACUGAAGGUAAAUUAGGCAUGAAUAUUUAAUUAAAUUGAGUGUUCGGAUUUAUUUAGACCUGUACUUCCCUCCUAGAAGUUUCUGUAAAGUUUCUGGAAACCAACAAAGAAAUUGGAAGUUUAUUUGCAGAAAUUUCUGCGUCCCAAUUUCUGCGUUAAUUAUCGAGGAGAGAAAAUUUGAAUUACAGUAACAGUUCUAUAUAAAAUAAAGUUAAAAGUGUUUUUUAUUAAUUAAUUAUUCCUGGUUCAUCGCUUUCUUCGGGGACUCGCUAUUUCUAUACAUCUCGGGCAUGGGAACUCCAGAAAAAUAACUUAAAUCCCCAUGGGAUGGUUCUCUAAUUUAUUCUCUUACAAUUCAGUUUCUGCCAUGAGUAUAAUCAGUAAUUAUGUAUAAAAAUGGUGAUAAAGGUCAAUAAAGAGAUUUUUUAUUCGAUUCAAUGAGAA